AUGUCAGCUAUUGCGGCUUCUAUCCUCGGUAGACAGCACGACGACCGAGACUUUGUUAAUGAGAGCCUUAGAUUCUACACCAGCGGGCUUCGGGAGCUUCAGAAAUCGCUGUGGAAUCCGGAUGUGAUGUACAAUGACGAAAUAAUUGCUGUAUGCCUAUGUCUUGGUUUAUACGAGGCUAUGGAGUGUCCUGGAGAUGCUCAACAGGGAUACUAUAAUCACUGCAAGGCUUGUAUGAGGCUUGUUGAGGCUCGUGGUGCUGACCGGCAUAUGUCGGGUGUGGCGCAUGAGCUAUUUCUAGGCAUUCGAGCUCAAGGGGCUUUGCUUAGCAUGGCGAAUCAUGUUCCAAGCUUCUUAUCAAGCCAUCUAUGGAUGACUACGCCGUGGAAGCUGCGCCCAAAACGCGCUAUGGAUCGAUUAGUGGACUGCUUGUGCGAAGCGUCAUCUAUAUUUCGAGAAAAUGACCGUAUACAGCAUUUGGGACCGGUUGAGAAGCUUGAAUCCUGGCUAGAAAGUCUUGCAAAGUGCUGGAAAAUGGAUGCAGUGCUUCAAAAUGUCUACAAAGAAUACGAAAAAGACUUCGCCCAGCCCAUGUAUUGGUCGGUCUUGUCGAAAGAGCCCAAUUCAGCCGAUGAUCCUGUCCGUGGGAAAGUGUUUCCUGUCGCUUACAGGUUUUGCAGCAUGACAGUGGCGCGCUCGCUUAUGAUGUACUGGGCAGUCUCACUUCUGACAUGGAAUGGCUUGUCUCUUCUCUAUAUGGGUAUAGCCAGUCUGGAGUUUGACGCCAGUGAUGCAUAUUGCUCCAACUUUCCCGACUGUGAAGCAUUCCAAGACAACAUGUGCCACUGUAGGUACCUACGCCUCCAGCCAUCAGGUUCAUACAGCUACGACAUAUCUCAUUUUACUUCGUUGGGCCACAGGAUAAACUUCAAGAGUCUGAUCGAUGACGUCUGUCAAUCUAUCGAAUAUUGCCUCGAAUCUGAAAUAGCUGUAUGGGGGACGUGGUCGGCCGGGACACCUCUAACGCUGGUGUAUGAGACGGUCAAGUACUAUCCAGGACUAGAAAGGGAGGUGCAAUGGAUGGAAGCAGCACUACGAAAACUUCAAGGGCGUGGAUUACGGAUUCUCAAGUACACCACGACGUUGAAUCAGCCCAGAGUUGAUUCUUGA